AUGGACGGCUUUGCCGAAGAGCUGCAGGUGGGGGAGGAAGAGGAGGACUGCUGCGACUUUGAACCUCUGCCUGCGCUCUCGGAGGAUGAGGAGAACGUGUCUCUUGCUGAUGUUUUGUCACUGCAGGAUAGCUGUCUUACUGAGCCUGAUAUCUGGGCUGUUUGCCUGGAGUGUAGCCAGUCUCUGAAGAGCGUUGCCCAUUCUGCAAUCUUCCAUACACUUUGCAUUACUCCUGACACUUUGGCUUUUAACACCAAUGGCAAUGUAUGCUUCAUGGAACAGAUCAGUGAUGAUCCAGAAGGUACCUUUGUGCCACCAGAGAUUGAUGUAACUGGUAACACUUUUGAGGGACAUAUCUUUUCCUUGGGAGCCACACUAAAAGCAGCAGUUGAAUAUAUGAUGGAGCCUGAAAUAGAUUCAGAAUUUAGCCAUGAUUUACAUACUCUGCUUGAACAAAUGCAGGAAGAAAAUCCUAAGGAGAGGCCAGAUCUUGAGGCUGUCAUAUCACUGUGUAAAGAGAACCUGAAGCUUUCUUCCUCAAGUGAUAUUUGCCAAUGCCUCUCUGCUAUUGGAAGAAGAGUGCUUUCAAUUGAACCAUGUGGCAACUUUCAAGACAGUUGUGAUAACUUGUGGGAAGGAAAUUCCUAUGAGAGGAUUUCACCUUAUGAACAGUGCACAGAUGACAACUUAAGAGAGAAUUCAUCUCUAGAAAUGGAAGACAUGAAAGCUGCUAUUGGUAGAAAUUCUUCUGGCAUAUAUACUAUGAAUGACAGAAACAGUGAUAUAAAAGAAAUUAAAAAUAACCUGGUGAAUGAAAGACUCGGCUGUCAACAUGUUUCAACUUGGGUUACAAAAUGUAAAGAAGACAAUGGCACUAUAAAAGAAAACAACUUAGACGCAAAGCCAUACACAAGUGAAUUGGGGAGCAAUGUGUUUAAGAAAGAUUGCUUGAGGAAAGCAAAAACUUUUCCAAUGCUACUUCUUGGAUCUGAGACAGACCCAAGAAUGCCCUUUCCUUUUACAAGGCACAGUGAACCACUAACAAAGAAACAACAUCAGUUACAACCAAAGUCAUUACCUAUAAUCAGUGAUAAUGAACAUGCUGUUUUAGAGGAAAAAUUAAGUCAAUGUGAUAGAAAUAAUCAACUUGGAUCAAAAGCACCAUGUUUUCAGGGGCCAAACAGUAAUUUAGAGGAAUUUUGCCUGGGCCAAGAGAGAUCCUUCAUUUAUCAACACCGCAUGGUCACCCAUAAUGACAAAGAAGUAGAUUUUCUUCCAUAUAAUCCUGCGGUUUCUCAAGCCACAGACAAAAGUGGUAUACUGAAUGGACCAGAUGUGUCAAGUUCUGGCCACAAAAUACUAGAAAACGAUAAUGCAUGGGAGUACUGUGGUGAAACUUCUCCAAGGUCAAAUGAAAACUGUUCGUUAUGUAUUAAGAGGUUGCCUGCAGUGGUUACAGCACUUAAUGAAAAUGGAUGUAACUCAAGCCUGCAAAGUUCUCCAGAACAAAAUCACUGUGAGAAGGAAGGCUCUUAUAUUGAAGAUAUACCAUGUGGAGGCAGGGAGUCAGAACUGAAAAAUGAUGAGCAGUGUGCUUUCCUGAAACAUCUCUUAACACAGUAUGGUAAACCAUUGAAAGACUAUGAGCUCUGGGCUUUAUGCCAUGAAUGCUUGCUUACUCUGGAAACAUACAAAGAUUAUCCAGCAUAUUUGUGUUUAGACUCUGUGGUGAUUAACAGUGAUGGAAGUGUUCUCUUUGUUUCACCUAAAAGUGAAGGAUCACAUGAUAUGUUUUAUUUGGCUCCUGAGAUGGCAGAAGAGGGUUUUGAUACUGAAAAGGUAUGUAUUUACUGUAUUGCUGCAAUUUUGUGGAGAGCAGCAAAAUGUAAUUUUCCACCUGAUCGCAAACUGGUGUUGCCAAGGAAACUAAAGAAUUUUCUUCUGGAUAUGGCAAGAAGAAAAUCAGAGGACAGGCCUUCUCUGGCAGAUGCAAUUAAGAUAUGUGAUAGCUAUCUGCUUGAACAAAGUAUAAACAGCAAGACAAUUCUAGCAUUUUUAAUCAAAUCUGCCUUUCAGGCUUUCAAAGAAGUGGAUCCUUUUAAUGUUAGCUUGCCUUUCGAUUUUCAAAGUGAGAGAAAUUCAGUGGAUGAAAACCUAGGAUUUUUACCUAUGAACAAUGAAAGCAAACUAAUAGCAGUGAAAGGACCGAUUCCCUACAACCCACCUUCAAGUAGAGAAAGCGUCCUGUUACCAAAUGCUUUCACUUCUUCAGCAACCCACUUUAAGCCUAUUAUUCUGCAACAAAAUGAAGAUAUUAAAAAAGAUGCCAUUGCAUCUACAAUUGUGCAAUGUGGAACAACUGUGGAGAGAGCAGCAACUGUGGAGAGAGCAGCACCUGUGGAUAGCAAAAGUUCAAUACACCUAAAUAUUGACACUGAAAACCAGACAGAUGAGGACUCUGAUUUGACAGCUGUUUGCAUGAUGUCUGAUAUCCUGGGGCAUGAUAAACAAGGAUUGAAAACAUUACUUCAGAGUGAUCCAAAAGAGCAAUAUCCAAGUCAUGCUAGUUCAUCAAUGACUAAAUUACCACUACACUCCGAAUCUUCAUUCGUCUCUCAAGAGAAGUGUAUUUCUCAAACACCUUCCUCAAGUAUUUCAAACUGUACUGUGUCAUCUAGUAUGGCUUUUAUAAAUAACUUCCUUUUGAAGCAGGACCCAGAGACAAGGGUUUUAACUCUUGUACCUGUGCAGAUGGCUGUAUCAGAGCAAAUACCAAAUAAACCUCUCCAUUCAAAAAUAGCCUACAGUUGCUGUCCUAGUUUGCACAUCCUUCUUUCGGAUUCUGUAUUGAGCUGUGAUGUCAACAAAGCCCUACAAAAUAAUUCCUCCAUUAAUAAUCUGAGAAAUUCCAGUAAUGUACAAAACGAUUGUUUGGACAUGAAAGCCAAAACUAAUAGUUUACCCCCAAUUACAAUUAAUAAAGAGACUCAAACUAAAUGUUCUGAAAGGAAUACAUUCCUUCCAUUUUGUAAGGAAUCUAAUACAGAUGCCGAGAAUAGUGUCCCUUUAUCAGAUCACAAAUCACAUUUUUGUGGAGACCAAAAUCCCGGUUGUUCACUCAUCUUAGAAACCUUGCACCAGAAUAAUGGGAUCAAUGAAGUUGUCUUGAAGAAAGUGGUGCAUCUUAUCCAAGAAGAGUUUGCCUUUGGUAGCUAUCUGGAUGAUUCAGCUGAAGCACUCGCUAUAGGUAAAUAUGUUUUCAGUUUAAAGGAUCUCAAAUAUAACACGUUCUGUAAUGCGAUCUCCGAGCAAUUUUGUGACCUUUAUUGGGAAGAAAGACUACUAGGAAAGCUUUAUGAUGCAGCAAAUGGUAGCGCUACUCUGUCUGUAGGAACAAAUGAAACAAAAAAAUGUGGCAAGACAUUUCAGAGCCAAAACAAACCUAACAACCUUCUGAAUGUCAGCAAGGAAAUAAAUGUUUCUGUUGGUGAUGUGGUGGCAGAUGGACUUCUACAAGAUAAGACUGAAAAUGAAGUGAAAUCACAGAAGGUUGUACCUGGAACUGAAAUAGAGGGAGAACAUUUGCAGAUGAAUAAAUGUUCCCUAAGCCCAGGUUUGCCAGAAGAGAAUCUAGAACAAGAGGAGCUUCCAGUAAAGAUGGACGAAAAUAUUUCCUCCAGAUCUCCCUGCCUAUCAGAAUUGUGUGGAUUUUGUCCUGGCUGGAGCAGUGCAUUCUAUGGUUCGGAAUGUUUUAGUUUGGAAGUUCUCAACUACAUUAGAAAACUAGGAAAGCGAAAAGCUAAUGGAACUCAAAAUAUAGAUGUUAAAAAUGUGGAACUUGAACAGCUGAUAAUGAUUGAGACGAAAAAUUAUAGAAAGAGUAUAAAAUACUACCAGAGGCUGUUGCAUAAAGAGAGAAGAAGCAAAGGUGGUGAAGUGAAAACUAUGUUGCCCAAACUGAGGGGUCAGCUAGAAGAAAUGAAAUCAAAGAUACAGUUUCUUGAACUGGUGAAGAAGUAUCUACAGAUUAUGUGUACAGAAAAAUGGGGAGUUGAACCACAUAACCUUCUUACAGUGGUUAACAUGGCAAGAAGCAAAGCACUGCCCAUCAGCUCCUUGGACUGCAUGCUGGUUUUCUAUAAUAUAAAUAAAAGUCAGUGUAAUGACCAUCAAAAUCAGUCAAGAAAUCUGCAAGCUGGAACACCGAUUGGUCUAAUGGCAUAUCUCUACUCCAGAAAUGCAUUUUUGGAAGGCUAUGUACAGCAGUUCCUCUUCACCUUUCGUUAUUUCUGCACACAAGAAGAACUCUUGCAAUUUCUUCUUGAUAGAAUCAUGAUCACCUUACACAGUUCAAGCCUUGAAUCUUGUUCGUUGCUUAGCAAAAUAUACCAUCGCAGUUUCUCCAUUCUGCAGACUUGGAUUGAAGACUGUUAUGCCAUAGACUUUACAAUAAACCCUGGCUUUAUGAGUACACUAAAAGACUUUAUCAUUUCCAAGGUAGUUCCACUCAAUGGCUAUGGCAAAUGGUUGCUGUCAUUUCUUGACAGCAUUACUAGCAGGAAAGGAAGAAACAUUUCUCAGUGGUACAGGAUGGAAGAAUGGGAAGAAGUGGAGGAGAUCAAUGAAACACCAUCUUUAAACUCUUCAUGCAAAAAGCUCUCAAAAGAUUUUUUACGAAAGAACUUUAAUUGGAAGCUCUCAAAAAGCAGUGAACCUUUUGCAGCGUGUCAUAUAGAUGGACAACAUAGCAUUGCAUCAGCUUUACCAAAGCCAUGCUAUACAAACGUAAAAGAAGAAUUCUCAGGCUUCUAUGCUAAAAUAGAUGAAGGACCAUAUUUCUUAAUAGAACAUACUGCACAACAACUGUGCUAUCAGUUGACACUGCUAGAACAGGAAAUGUUCCAUAAAUGUCAUCCAGUACACUUCCUAAAUUCUAGAGUGCUUGGAGUCAGAGACAAGAGUGUGCCUCUCCAAAAAGCUGCUUCCUCUGGGCUAUUGCCACCUCAGGCCUAUAACCUUUUUGUGAAAGACUGUGUUCAAGACGAUUACCUCUUGCAGCUUUUAAAAUAUGCAGACAAUGUCAGUACCUGGGUUGCUGCUGAAAUAGUAACAAGCUACAGUUCUAAGGUGCAGGUGAAUUUACUGUCAAAAUUUCUCUUCAUUGCAAAAUGUUGCUAUGAGCAAAGAAAUUUUGCUACUGCAAUACAAAUCCUAAGAGGCCUGGAAAAUCUCAUUGUGAGACAAUUGCCAGUUUGGAAAUGUUUGCCUUCUAAAGUAUCUGACAUAAUGGAAGAACUAAAGGCUGUUGAGGUGUUUUUAAAAAGUGACAGCUUGUGUUUAAUGGAAGGAGAGAGGUUUAAGACUUCACCAACAAUCCCAUCAGCCCAUGUUCUGGCAAUGCACAUCCAGCAGCUUGAAACUGGAGGAUUUACUAUGAGAAAUGGCACAUAUAAAUGGACUAAACUUAGAAACAUUGCAAAAGUUGUGAGCCAGGUCCAUGCAUUUCAAGAAAAUCCCUACAUGUUCCCUUCAGAUCACCAACUACAAUCUUUCCUAAGACAAAGAAUAGCCUCUCUUAAUGAUGCAGACAUCUCUGCCUUAGCAGCUGACAACUGUACGAAUUUUCAUCAGAUGCGAGCUGAAAAGCAGUCCCGAAAAAUCCAGGACACAUUGCACAGGAUGAAAACAAUGUUUCAGUAACUGGUUAUAUUUUAUGUUUGUCUAAUAUUUUAGGUUUAAAGUAAUUUAAAUUCUUGGGCUGGUUACCAGAU